UGUAGUAGUUGGGAAGUUUUAUAAUUAUUUAGAACUGUUUUUGUUUUUCAUACUCGUUGAUAGUAAAAAUGGAUAUUCGCGAGAAACUUUUAAAAACUGUUGAUGCAAAUGAUCCGCAAUUUAAAAUACUUUUACACAAUGCUAUUCAAGCUGAAAUUAAAUAUCUUGAGGAGCAACUUGCUGCAAAGAAGUCUUUAAAUGAAAGAAAAAGAUUAGAACUAAGUAAUCUUUUGGAACGUAGAAAGACUUUAAAAAAGAGUAUUCAGGAAAAAUCAGAACUUCUUCCUAUAAUGGAAAAAGCUAGUAAAUGCCUUCAAGAGUAUUCACAUAAGUUGCUUGAAGAAUUGACAUUAACGCAAAGUAUGGUAGACGAUGAUUCUUUGCGUCAAUUGGCGCAUAUUGAGCAGGAGAAAAAAUUGCUCGAAAAACUCGAGAAAAAAUGUAUCGAGUAUGAGGCAGAAUUUGAAAAAGCUCCUUUGGCUCAAGAGUUAAAAGAGGUCAAUCAAGAAUUACUGAAGGUUCAAGUUGAAUUAGAAUUUCGUAAGAUGAAUAUUAAAAAUUUGAAAGACAGUUACAAAACUUACGAAGAUAUCCAGAAGAAAAGAGAGCAAGAACAAGUUAUUGCGAUAGCGAAACUUUGGUUGAGACAUCGAAACCAUAUUCGAGAGUGGAAAAAUUUGAGAGACGAAAGAGCUAAACUCAACACCAUAAUGUCUCAACAGAAGAAAGAAAUUCAAUGUCUAAUCAAAGAGAAGGAAGACAUAGACAGACAACAUUUAAUGGCUCGCUUUCAGAUGCCACCUCCCGUUAUGGACACAAAAUUUGUUGAAACUAUAUUUUCUCAAAUAAUGAUAACUGAACAACAAAAACCUGACAGUUUGAUUGAUUCACUCAGUGACAGCGCUUCGAUUUGCUCCUUAGCUUUCGACGAAAUGUGUAAUGUUCCUGAAAAAACAAAUGUUACAGUGACUCAAGUUGAAGAAAUAGAAAUUGAACCAGAUGUUAUUUCUUUAGCUACGAAUGAAAAUUCCCAAUGUAGUACAGUAUUGGAAUCAGAAAGAAGUUUACAGAGCCCUGCAAAAAUUUCCAAAAAGUCUUAUGAUUGUAGAAUUAAAUUGAUAAAUGAAAAUAUUAAUUUUAAAAAAACAGAGGUGUCUAAGGAAAAUGAGAAAUCUCCUCGAGUUAAUACAACAUUAAAAAGAAAUAGAAAUGAUGUUUUAAUUCCAGAAAAUAUGCCGAAAAAUGACAAAAAUAAUAAACAAUUUUCUGACAAUUUGGGAGCAGUAAAGAAGGCUUCUCGAGUUACUCCAACUUCAAAAAGAAAUAGAAAUGAGGAUUUAAUAUCGAAAAAUAUGCCAAGAAAUGACAAAAGUACUGAACAAUUUUCUGAAAAUUUGGGAACACCAAAAAAAGUAAAAGCAACUGUACACAAUGAAGAAAGAAAUUUCUAUUCGACCAGCACAGAAAUAGAAAUAUUGGACAUUUUUCAAGAAGACAGUGUUACAAAAGAAACCGAUUUACCUUUUGAAAAUCAUUCAGCUUUAGAAACUGACCUCAGCUUUAGUCUCGCCGACUCAAACAUUCCACAGAAAACAGUUUCAGAAAGUGUCCGAAGCUUUAGUCUCGCCGACUCAAACAUUCCUCAAAAAGAUGGUGAAAUAGAAUGUAAUUCUGAUUUAUCGCUUCAAAGUUUUGUGGAUGAUCAGCAUAACUCGGUUGUUUUUACAACUGAUGAAAUGUCAAAUACAGAUAACGAUGUGGCAUUGGCCGAACAAAAUUCCCCCCCUCCGGAACCUGCAGCUUCACCAUCAUUUGGAUUUUUUGGUAAUCAGAAAAAACGAGCUUUCACUUUUCAAGGAUUAUUUAAGUAAUUUAACAAAUUAUAAAAAAAUUCCAAUCGACAGACAUUUAUUAGCUUUUUGUUUUCGUUUUCUUUUUUAGAAUUUGUUGAAAUUCUAUUUUUUAUUGAAUUUUUUUUUAUCAUUUACUUAUGUAUUUAAAAAAAUAUUAUAGAUAUGUAUUAAACAAUACAAAUAAUUAAUUAUAUAUUUAUUAAUUUAAACUAAAAUCAAUAAAUAUUAAAGGACAUAAAUACUACUAAAUAAA